AUGGCCCUCAGGACGAUCUUUUUGAUGGGUGCACCAUUGCCUAGUAGCCUGGACUGGGAAAACGAUGAACUACUCAACGGUGCUAUACAACCAUUUCAAGGCACAGACACCAUCCACGAGCAUGAGAUAUCAACCAUUCAAAGCGAAGACUCCGUCAAAUGGAGAGUUCUCCAACCUCUUCACAUCGAGCAUCCCACAAGCUACUAUGAAUUCUACCAUGGACAACAGAAUCCAAGCUUUCUGACGACAGCCCAGCUGGUAGAAGCUGAUCAUGAGUCGAUGAACGAGGACUCGAUUAUCUCGGAGUUUUAUGACCAUUCGUUCGCGGUGCAUGAAACGUCAGAGAUAUCUAUCUCGGGGCUACGAGAGGAGGAAUCUACGCAGGAGAGCGGAGACCUGCUCUCUUGUAUAGAUGGAGCCUCCACAAGGGCGGCAGCAGAAGUAAAUGACCUUGAAAUACCUCGGUCUCUACAGAUUUCUGGCCUGAUUAGGGAUCUACAACACCUUCCCACAGCAGGAUAUCUCCAGUCCAUCACACCACAGACAAUGACGGUCAACUUGAUCGUGGGGAUCAUUGCGAUCCACCCCCCUCGUCGCGUGGUGACACGACAACGGAAGACCGAGCUCGACAUCAUUGAGUUGAUAGUUGCCGACGAGACUCGGACGGGGUUCGGUGUCAACUUCUGGAUUCCAGCCCAAACGUCCAUUUCUUGCAAGACCCAAGACGCAGAUCGACUCGGCCGUUCACUAGCCAUGCUCCGCCCACGAGACAUCAUCUUGCUCCACACCGUCGGGCUCAGUUCAUUCCGGGAGCAGGUUUACGGACAAAGUCUGCGGGGAGGAAUGACCAGAGUCGAAUUGCUACAUCGACAACCGGUGGAUGCGACGGAUACGGCUGGAUUCUACAAGGGCGAUUUGCGACGGGAUAGCUCCUACGAUCACGCCGAUCUGCCGCUGCAGAAAGCUCGCCGAGUUCGAGAAUGGGUCCUCCAAUUUGUGGGAGCAACGGAUGAAGCAGGCGGUGGCCCAUCAGGAAUGUCUCAGACACAACGUGGCCACCAGCGGCUGCCCCCGGACACUCAAUGA